AUGGCCUGCUGCCACAAAGUGGAUGACAACAAGAAUGAGCAGCAGCGCCUGGCUCAGGCGGGCCUUCGUGUAGACUCGCUGUCAGCGUCGCUCAUGGGGCCGCCUCUGCCGGGGGAGAUUGGCGUGGGGCCCUUGAGGGUGUGGCCAGGGGGCGUCGCUGUGUCGAGGUCGGUGGGCGACUUCGAGUGCGGUAAUCACAUCCUGCCGGUGCCGCACAUCCGUCAGAUCGUCAUCCCAGACACUGGUGCCCGUAUUCUCAUGGCCUCCGAUGGGUUGUGGGACUACUUCACUGGCCUGCGUGCCUGCAAAAUGGCAAGGACAAGCACCCUGUCGAAGGUGCCACACCGGCUCUUCAAGUCGCUGAUGUUCCACACCGAUGGCGUCCUCACGGAUGACACCACCAUACUGGCGUUUGACGUCCUGCCUUCUGGUGCCACAGACUUCCGACAUCUUGCAAAGCAGGUGAGGAAGAGCACGCGAAGGAAGGUUCACUCGUGGAAGGACAUUCUGUCCAUCUUAACGUACCCAUUGCAGGAUGGCAGUCAGGAGCCCCUGUCCCUCUACACAGACAUCGACGUCUACACGCACUAUCCACGGAUCACAUCACGAGGGGUGGCGAUGUACAGAAUGAACAAAGAGCGGUACUGUGCACUGUGGGUGCCCCCCAAGGCAGUUCACCCUGUGCGCUAUGACAGCACCAUGGUGGACUUGAUGAACGACCUGCAGCUGGAAGAUGGUGGCAGGUGUUUGUCUGAGCCUGCAGAGGGGCUGAUCGAGCAGGAUGGGGUGGCAGGCGGCAGGAUGGAGGCACGUGUUGGGAAGGAUGGUGGAAAGGUGAAAGUUGGGAGGGGCACGCCAAGCGAUGCAUCCAGCGAUGGCCGCAGGAGUCCUUACAGCAUUAUCAAGGACAGGGCGCGGCGCAUCACCCAGAGGUCCCAAAACAAGAGCAAGGUUGCAAAGAACUCAACAAAGCAGUUCACAAAAUCGCACAAUUCGCUGUUUCACGAUGACUCUGCUCAGGCCAUCCGCAUAGACCCUGUGGACCAGCAGGAGGACAUCAUGAUGACAAUGUAG